AAGAAAAGAAAACCAUAACGGGGUUGUCAUUGUCAAUCAUUUUUAUCCUCGUUAGUUGUGAGAAAUAAUUGAGCUAUGCAAAUAAAAAGGAAAUGAAAAGAAAAAUGUAAUUAAAUUCUCAAGAUAAAUUGUGAAAAAAAGGUGAAAAAUUAAGAUUAAAUAAGAAGGAGCCAAAAGUGAAAGAGCAAAAAAGUUGAGAUUAAAAAAAAAAGAAUGUUCGCUUGAGUGUAAAUUAGUGAUAUAAAUUACAAAUCUUGGAAAUAAGGAAGGGAAAUAUAUAUAAAAAAGAGUGUUUAAAGUGUGAAAAUGAAAAGCCACUAAGAAAAAAAAAUCCUCGGAAACCUCAUAUAUAUCAAGUUUUUCCAUAACUUAGCUGCAUUAUUAGCCAAUUGCCGUUCAACGCAACCAUCGUCCAUGCCAAGCAGAAAUGUCUAAAAAGAUUCCUUUCAACGUGGUAUUUGCCUCCGAUGAGGACCCUAACUAUCCUGCCAGUGAACUAAAUACACACGGACCAACGGUACAUGGUUGGAGAAGUGCACCGAACAGUUCCAUAACCCCCCAUGAUAUUGUACUCAGAUUUCAUAAACCAGCCAAGAUAUAUCGCAUACAGUUAUUAGCCCACCAAUAUUUGAUACCCGAAAAGGUUGAACUUUGGCUACACUAUUCACCAAAAAGUAUACCCAGUACACCGUCAUCACAAUGCUUUGAUUUCCUUGGCUUUGUGGCCUUAGCCGAUAAUGCAGCUACCAAUUACAAAUCGCGCGAAUUGCAAAGCGUGUCUGUAAAUCCUCGCAAGGGUACUCAUCUAAAACUAAGACUCAGCGGAGCAUAUGCCAAUGAAUUUAAUACAGAGAAUCAAAUUGCCUUAAUUGCCGUCAAUGUGUUGGGUGAAGAUUUGGAAACGGCACCAGGAAAUACAACAAAGGAAAGUGAAGAGAAUGCCAAUGGCAGUGGUGUUGGUGUUGGUGGAGCAAUGGCGGACACUAGCGAUGGUGGGGAACAACCCUUGGCCUCUAUGUGCGAUGACUUGCUGUUCUCCAUGUAUGUGGAAGAAUCCAUAGCGGAAAUUAUACGCGAAAUGGAAGAUCGCAAAUCCAAGGCAGUGGCUUGCGAACGCUUUGAGUAUGCCCGCAAAUUGAAGCUGUGUAUGAGUGCCUUGCGAACUGCAGGAGAACGCCUGGGUCGUUAUGCCCUGGCCAAACGACAAGCUGUGCAGCAGGAAGACUUUACCACGGCCAAGUUGAGAAAGGAGCAAAUUGAGAUGUACAAAUCUUCGGUAUUUAAACAUUUGCUGGUCGAUGAGUUGCUGGAGAAGAAUGGUGAAUCGCUGGCGGCCAAUGAUGUGGCCUGUGAAGUGUAUGCCUCAAAGCCGGUGCUGCCAGUUGCUCCCAGUUUGCAGGAUGUGGCUCAGGCCUUGGCCGAGGCCCAUAUGAACGCAGCCAUGAGUCCAAAAAGUUGCCAGGAAGAUAAAUCCUCUACAGAUGGUAAUAGCUCCACUGGAGGUGGCGUCGGCGGCGGUGGAGGCUUGGCAGGAGGUGGGAAACUAAAGCUUAGUCAUAACCAUAGUAACAGCUUAACUGAUCAUGUUUCACCAUUAUCCGCAGCCAAUUUGCGCAAGUCCCACGACGAAAUUCCCAUGUCGCCAAAGCUCAAUAUGAGACGUAGUCCCAGCCGCCACAGCUCACCCAUGUCCAGUCAUCAGGGUUCUUUGAGGCGACGCAACAAAAGUGCCCCUCGCAAUUCCUACGAAGAGUAUGAGGAUCGAGCCAUACCCACUCUAAGGCAUUCGAAUACUAAUGAAUUUUUAAGAGAGUGUCAAGGUACGGCUUUAUUGGAAGCGGAUCCAAAUCGUGGCCGUUCGCGUCUGAAUGAUCGUGAACGUCGCCAGGCUGCAUUACCCAUUUUGGUGUUUGGCAAUGAUAUGGUAGAACAAUUCUAUUCACGCCAAUUUCAAGAUCGCGAAGAUGGUCUCGUUCGUUUGCGCAAUUUCCUUAAGGGCCAGGAAACUGAAAUACCCAACAAUUCCAACAACACAGAAAAUACUGCUGGUCCCAAUAAAGUGGCUCGCAGUGCUGCCUUCUUGUUGCACCGAUCGGUGCGGGAUGCUGUCUACUCUGUUUUCAAUCAGGCCACCGAAACGGUGAGAGUUCUAUUUCUGGAAUAUGUACCCGGACGGGUGUCACAAAGCGAGGUGGCUCGUUGUGUAGAUCGUUUGCUGCCAGAACUUUUGGCCAAAUCGGGUGAUCCUUCAGCCCGCAUACACACCUUGGCCCAGCAUACCAUACUGAGUAUGGCCUCUUGUCCCGAGGUGGCGGAACAGCAUUUAGUGGCGCCCGCCCUAUCAAGGACCGUAAGUUCUGGCACCCAUCCGCGUUUGGCCUUGAGCCGAAUGCAAAUGUUAGAGCAAUUGGUGCUCAGCCAAGGUAUCAGCACUGACAAGCACAGCGGUUUGACAUGUCGUGCCCUCUCGGAAUGCGGCUGUUCGGGUAUACAUCAUCCCGCGGAGCCGGUGCGUAAGGUAGCCGAAAGGAUUCUAUUGUUGGUGUACAAAGUAAAUCCACGUCUAGUGCGUAAACAGCUACCGCCCGAUGAUGAUAUAACGCGACGUAAUCUGCUGUAUCGCCAAUUAUUUACCGAGUUCGACAAGUUGGACCUGGAGCGCAAAACGGAAAUGCUGGAGGCUAAUAAAUAUGCAGGCGGCCAUAGUUCCAGUGAUCCCCAAUCACCUCCCUCAAAUCGUAGUGCAGUGGAACAUUUGCAAUUGGGUGGUGGUGGUGGUGGUGGAGGAGGAGCAAGUGGUGGCAGCUCUGACAGUAGGGCCAGUCCCUAUGGAUUUUCCUGCAAGUCGCCUGACUCACAAUCAAGUCCUAUGCGCCGCUCGGAAACACGCAUACUAAAAAGCCGAAGUGGUCAAACAUUGGCCCAAGGGGGCAAUAAUCCUGGAACCAGCAAUGGCUAUGCAGGACGUGAAAAUUCCAAAUGUAAUGGCAAGCAGCAGUAUAAUGAGUUGCUGAAGCGCUCCAUGAUAUCAGCCAGCAGUUCUAGAAAGAAUUCCCAUUCGAAUUCCAAUUCGGAAUCAUUUGAAGAGACUGGAGAUGUGAUAUGUUGUCCAUUUUGUGAUUGGUCCUCCCAAAAUGGUGAUCAAUCCCAAUUGGAUCGUCAUUAUUGGAAAUCCUGUCCAUUUCUUACAAAGUGUCCCCAAUGCAGUCAGGUGUUGGAGGUGGCGGCUUUAAAUUAUCAUUUGACCAAGGAAUGCGAGACCAAAGACAACUACAUCAUGUGUGAGCGUUGCACAGAAUCGGUGCAUAAGCAACUCUAUGAUCUGCAUCAAAUGGAAGACUAUUGCAGAGAACUAAAAACCGGAGCUGCUCGUUGCCCUUUGUGUCACGACGAUGUACAUUUGCCCUUGGAUGGUGGCUGGAAACUACAUUUACUGAGUGCCUCCGGGUGCCCCGGUAAUUCAAGAAGACGUUCCAAGAAAUCCACCUCAUCUUCAUAAAUCUCUGCCAACUUGAGUUUUUGUUCCAUGACAAAUAAGCACAGUCUCCUAAAUGAAUUAUUUUCGGGACAAUCACAUCAGUCGGUCCACCAUCUGCCUUAUUAAGAUGCAAACAAGGGCGACAGAAUAAUUUGGGAAAAUAAUCAAAAAACAUCACUAACAAAAUCAAUUAAAAUAUUGAGAAAGUCAAUGAGAUGCUACAGGGGGGAGCAAAUCUAGCCCCCUUCUCUAUGUUGAGCUCUUCUAUACUCUACAUAAUUUAGGGAUUUAUAAUCAUAAGCACAUUUGAAACUGAAUUUAAGACAGAAAUCCUCAUAAAACGUCUUAAACUGUUAA